AUGUCUCGUCCUGGCACUACCCUAUAUGUCACCGGCUUCGGGCACGGGACUCGAGCUCGCGAUCUUGCCUACGAAUUCGAACGGUAUGGCCGACUUGUGCGUUGUGAUAUUCCAGCACCGCGAACUCCGUCGAGCAGACUGUUUGCUUUCGUGGAGUAUGAGAGUCGCCGUGAUGCAGAUGAUGCCUAUCAUGAGAUGCACAAUAAGCGAAUUGGCCGCGAUGAUUUACUGAAGAUAGAGUGGGCUCGGACUCCCCCUUCUGCCUCCUGGCGUUUUGACUCUGGUCGCGACCGUCGGCGUGACCGUACCCCUCCCCGCCGUGGCCGCUCUCCUUCACCUCGACGCAGCCGUGGCGAUUACUCUCCACGCAGGGAUGAAAGGUAUGAUCGGGAGUAUGACCGCCAUGAUCGUGACUACGAGCGUCGGGACCGUGAUUAUGACCGUCGGGACCGUGAUUAUGACAGACGUGAACGUGAACGGGAGCGUUCUCGUGAUCGCUCCCGUAGCCCUGAUGAGAGAGAUCGUGAUGUCAAAGAAGGUCGGGAACGCCGCGAUGAUGAGCGAGAACGAAACGACGAUGAUCGUGAAAACGGACCAAAUGGCGAGGAAAGAAAAGUGGCCACGUUAGACCCCUUGGCUUCUGCUCAUGAUGAACUGGACACCGCGGAGUAG